AUGAAAAAAUAUCUAAUAAGAAAUAGCACAAUGUCCCAUAAAACAGAAGAAGUUGCCACGGGUGUAGAAUCAUCAAACAGCUUGGCCCAGUUUUUUCUGAAUUUAUUUGGUUUUGUGGGUUUGCUAAUUUUAAUGUGCUUUAUACUAAUUUUAGUUUGUUUUAUAAUAUUAUUAAUUUACGCUUUUUAUGAUGAUGGCUGGAAUGGAGUUAAAAAUUGUAUAUUAAAUAUAAUAUACCCAGAAGAAAAUAUGUCGAAUAAAUCAAGUGAUAAUGACAAUAAAAACGCGAAUGAAGAAAGUUCAAAUUCAACAUACUUAAUAAGAAGAACAAAAAUAGACAAAAUACCUGAUCCCAUUGCCAGUUCUUCCAAUAGUUCAUUAGAAGAAUCAGUAUUACAACCAAUUAGUAACUAUUUUGUUCUGCAACCAGAGCCAAAUAAUCAAUCAAUCAGGCCAACUGCACCACCUGGAUCAAAUGAUAUUGGGUUUGUUCUACAAAUAGAGCCAAAUAACCAAUCAAUCAGGCCAACUGCACCGCCUGAAUCAAAUGAUAUUGGAUUUGCUCUACCACCUGAAUCAAUCGGCUGCUCUAAUUAA